AGAAUCACAACCCCCACGUCAACACAAGCGGGGAACAGCUCCUUCAUCAAGCAAACAACGAAACACGCCGAAUUGACGCCUUUCUGGUCGCGACUGUCUCAGUCUGUCAAUAGCACGCACUCCGAGAACAUUCCCCACCAUGGACCACCCCAGUCUCGACGACUUGACCCUCUCAGACUCCGACGACGCGUUAUUCGACACCCCCGCCACGCGCAAAGGGAAAUCAAAAGAUGCCAAAGCGAUGAUCGCGUCCGAAGAAGCUCCUGCGGCCCCAAAAACGCGUCCAGCAGAGUCCCGAUACACCACAGAAGAGGCCCGAGAAGCGGCCCUGCGGAAAGAGCUAGAGAGUGUGCGCAGUGUCAACAAAGUCAUAGAGGGUGUUGUUGAGAGCUUAGAAAAGGCGAAAAGCAAUAUGGAUACCGUCUCUCGCACUGUUCAAAACGCCUCGACCCUACUACAAACUUGGACCCGCAUCCUCUCCCAAACCGAACACAAUCAACGACUCAUCCUCUCCCCGAACUGGCAGGGUGCCACUCAAGAUCUAGCCGAUAUUGAGAACGAAGAGAUUCAGAAGCAACAGGCCGCUGCACGACGCGAAGCUGAGGAACAAGCGAGGAAGGAAGCUGCAGCGCGCAGGGUAGCCGAGGAGGAGCGGAGGAGGGAGGCAGCCUCUUCAAGAACUCCAGGGCGGGGUAGAGGAAGGGGUACAAGAGGUACGAGAGGGAGCUCGUCGACGGGACCAAGUGGGUAUGUGGGUGUGGGUGGACAAGGCGGUAGAGGGUUACCUAGAGGAGCAAGUUCAGCUGGGAGAGCGGGGAGUGGUAUCGGGCGAGGUUUGAGAGGUCGUGGCAGAGGGCUGGGUUGAGGUUGUGAGUAAAAUAUCACAAGCUCUCGAUAGAAAUUUCAGGUUCAAAGAAGCAGGCUCGUGGCUGAUACCCCAGGCGAGUGAUUGGACUUUUUUUGCAUUCUAUACCUUUGACGACAGACACACAAACUAUGGCCCCAUAUUUACAUUAAUCUAGUCAAAACGCUUCAUGAACCUCGAGCUCGCGCCUG